AUGAUGAUGACAGCGGUUUCUCAGAUGACAGCUCCGAGCAGUCGAAUCCUUCUUGAUGUUCCGUGUAGAGUCUGUCAAGAUCACUCAUCUGGGAAACAUUAUGGAAUCUUCUCUUGUGAUGGAUGUGCUGGAUUUUUUAAGCGUUCCAUCCGUCGUCACCGUCAAUAUGUGUGCAAAAACAAAGGAAAUUUCGAUGAAGGCCGGUGUAUUGUCGACAAAACACACCGCAACCAGUGCAGAGCAUGCCGACUCCGAAAGUGUCUAGAAAUCGGUAUGAACAAAGACGCUGUUCAACAUGAGAGAGGCCCUCGUAACUCAAGUUUGAGAAGGCAACAGAUGAUGUUCGAACAUGGAUCAUCUCCUAAUUCGCCAGAAAUGGGAUCUGAAAGUGAUGCUCUCAUAAUACCUCCAACAUCACUUGACCGAGAUUCAGUGACCGGAACAGCUGCUCGAAUCUUCUUUGCCCUUGUUGGAUACUGUCAAAACACGUUGAGUGGACUUCCUAGAGAACAACAAUUGGCGAUUUUCCAACAAAAUUGGGCAACACUUUUGUUACUUCAUGCCACAGAAUCGAGAGCGAUUACUUCAAGACAAAUCAGAAAUGAAACGAAUUCGGGAUCUUCAAAACAGAGAAAUGAGGUCGCCGCUGCAUUCGAAGUGAUGGAGGGAUUACGAUUGGAUAAUCGGGAGUAUGCUCUGCUGAAAAUGAUGGUGUUGAUGAAGGAAACAUCGAAUGGUCAACAAAUUGCUUAUCAAUUAAUGUCAAUGCAGGCAAUGACGCAUCGAACUGAUCAACUAAGAUUUUGGAAAUGCUACACUGUUACCACGACAACUCCAACAUCUGCAAUUAUAGAUGUUCUGUUCCGCCCAUCGAUUGGAACUGCUUCAAUGAGUAGACUGAUUGAGGAUAUGUUCAAACCUCCGAAACCUCCAGUUUCCCUAUUCCCAAUGGCGAACUUUAAUUUGAACCUGCUUAGGAAACAAGAAAAAACAGAAAUUGAAGAAGAAGAAGAUGAUGUAGAAGGAGACGAAGAUGAAGAUGAUGACGCGAGAAGUAGUAAUCAGUUUGAUGAUGAUUCAUCAGCUGAAGAUAGACCAAUCAAUGAAUUGGAUCCUCUCCAGCUUCUCAUCAAAUUGAAUGUUCUUUCUCAAUCCUCUUCAUCAUCUUCACCUACUGCCACGAAGCCACGUCAUUCAAUUCGAUCGAUUACUGAAUUAUUAGCAAUCAAAGAGGAAGAUAGUGUGAAGACUGAAGUGAUUGAAAGUGUGUAA